AUGGCGCCGUCAGUUCUUGUGACGCUGCUCUCUAGCCUUGUGCUAUCAACUCUGACUCAAGCAACACCUUCGUCCACCACUGAUUCUCACCCUCUCGAUUCCCGCGCUGGCUUCCUUCACCCGGGCCUUCUUCACACCGAAGCAGACUUCACCCGUAUCAAAUCCAAGGUCAACGCAAAGACGAAUCCAUGGUAUGCUGGGUGGAACAAGUUGGUGGCUCAUGCCAACUCCGGCUACGUCCCUAGCCCCAAGCCCACAGUCUAUCGUGGCACCGGUUCCCCUGAGAACUAUGCCAGCUUGUAUCGCGAUGCGGCCUCUGCGUACGCCAACGCCAUUUACUGGAAAGUUACCGGCGACACGGCGUAUGCCACAGCUGCAGCGACUACACUGGACGCUUGGAGCAGCACUCUCACCUUGAUCGACGGCUCCUCUGACAAGUUCCUCGCCAGUGGCAUCUAUGGGUACCAACUGGCCAAUGCGGCCGAGAUCCUGCGUGGCUAUUCGAGCUGGACCGGACUUGCUGCCAUGCAGUCUAUGCUCAACAAGGUCUUCUAUCCCAUGAAUCAUGAUUUCAUCAUCAAUCAUAACGGGGCCAAGAUCGAUCACUAUUGGGCCAACUGGGAUCUAGCAAAUCUUUGCACCAUGUAUGCGGUUGGUGUCUUGUCUGACAAUGCUACAAUGGCAAACGAAGCUGUCAACUAUUUCAAGAGCGGUGCGGGCAACGGUGCUAUUAACAAGACAAUUUGGGUGACAUACACCGAGUCCGGGAGUAGUAAAAUCUUGGGACAGAACCAAGAGGCCGGGAGGGAUCAGGGGCAUGCCAUGUUAGACUUUGCGCUACUAGGAGUGCUUGCUCAGCAGGCAUACAACCAGGGAAACGAUUUAUUUGGCUACCUGUCCAACAGAAUUUUGGCUGGAGCCGAAUACGCUGCCAAGUACAAUCUUGGUUUCGACGUUCCGUACACCACCUACGUUAACAGCGAUGUGACGCAGGCCACAAUCAGCAAUGCGAGCCGAGGUGAUGUCCGCCCGAUUUGGGAACUCAUCUAUGGCCAUUACGGCUCUCUCAAAGGUCUGAAUGCAUCUUGGUCGAAACAGUAUCGUGACCUAGUUGUGUCAAACGGAGGCGGAGCUGAGGGCGGUGGCGGAGACUAUGGCACAACCAGCGGUGGUUACGAUCAGCUUGGAUUUGGUACCCUUCUAUACCGGCUGGAAGCUUGA